CUCUCUCUCUCUCUUCUCUCNCUUUCCUAGAAACCAAAACCAAUAGAGGACAGACAGAAGAAGAAGAAGAAAAAGAAGAAGAAGAAGAAGAAGAAAAGUUGGUUCAACAUUCUACACAGCAGCGGCGACGAUGAGCGAGCACGAGGCACGCGACUUGAUGAGCGUUGACUCGUUCUCCCAGCUCCCGUUCAUCCGCCCGGCCCCCAAGCCUUCCACCACCACUUCCGGCAUCCGCCUGUUCGGCAUCGAAGUCCCACACCACCCCAACGUCGUGGAAGACGACGCCUCCAAGGACAACACCGCCAUCACGAGUAGCGCCGCUACCACCACCGUCAACGGAGGCAGCGGGAGUGGACGGAGGUUCGAGUGCCACUACUGCUGUCGCCAUUUCCCGACGUCGCAAGCGCUCGGCGGGCACCAGAACGCGCACAAGCGCGAGCGCCAGAACGCGAAGCGGGCGUAUCUCCAGUCCGCAGCCAUGGCCGCAGCCCAGCACAACCAGGCGGCCAUCUACGCCCACCACGUCCACGGCCUCUUCAAUUACCACCACUGUCUUGGUCCACCGUCGUCCUCUGCAGCCCGCUUCGCCAUCGAGCCCUCUUCGGCUCCGCACUACCCUUCAUGGCACGCUACCGACGCUCUUAAUGGCAGCUUCGGUGCCUUUUUCCACGGCGGGCUUGGUUCGCUGUCUCAACCCAUCGAUGGCAGCCCAUUGCCAGGGAUCUGGAGAGUCCCCGGAGUUAUGCAUGGCGGAGGAGCGAGGAUAGGGGCGAUCCAUGGGGACUCUCGCAUGCCCUCCCCCAUGUUCAGAGGAGAUAACGAGCCACGAUUAAUAGGAGUUGGAGGAGGUGUCGGCUCGGACGGUAAUGCUCAUGGAACUCCUCCUGCGUCGCCGAAAGACCAAUUUGCUCACCAAUUGAUGCCCAGUGCGAAGGAGACCGUGAGUCUGGAUUUGCACCUGUGAUCGGCAUUGUCGAGAGAUCUUGAAUGAGACUCCAUACUUCUUUUGCUUCCACCUAUGUUGUUGUGUUGUAGGGAUCAGAAACAAUGCAUAUUUUUUUUUUUUGGUCAGCAGGAGAUGAUUUCUUCCGUUUGGUCGUACGCUUGCAUCAAGAGGAGCUAUCGUUUGGUAGUUCCCUUGUCUGUACUGUGAUCAAAAUAACACUUUGGGAACAUCUUUACAUUC